ACAAUGACAGACCUGUCCUCAUUCCAGCGGGCCAACGAAGCAGUUGCUCACCUCAGAGCCACCCUGCCAGAAGGUUUGCAAAAGCCGCAGGUCGCAAUCGUAUGUGGUUCAGGACUAGGAGGACUCGCAGAUACGAUUGACGAUGAGCUACGAGCUGAAUUUGACUAUGGAUCUAUUCCUCACUUCCCACGCUCAACAGUUGCUGGACAUGCCGGGAAGCUGGUCUUUGGCUUCCUUGGCCAGAAAAUCCCUGCCGUAUUGAUGGUUGGCCGUGCCCAUUAUUACGAGGGGCACUCGAUUGAUCAAGUGGCAUUCCCAAUCCGGGUGUUCAAGCAGUUGGGAGUUGAUACGGUUGUCUUGACGAAUGCGGCCGGAGGCCUUAAUUCUGAUUACUCCGUUGGAGAUUUGGUUCUGUUAAAUGAUGCAAGGAGCCCUUGUCUAAGAACUCACCCAUUGAGGGGUCCCAAUGAAGAGGAGUUCGGGGUACGUUUCCCGCCACUGUCUGACGCUUAUGACCUUGAACUGCGCCGCCACGUGCACCAAGCAUGGAAUACAGUCAUGCCCCCGAAAAGCGACAGAAAGUUGCACGAGGGUGUGUAUGCAUUUGUCGGAGGCCCCACGUACGAAACAAGAGCCGAGAGUCGGAUGCUUCGAAUGCUUGGAGCCGAUGUUGUUGGCAUGUCUACAGUGCCUGAAAUUGUCGUCGCCAGACAUUGUGGCCUCCGAGUGCUUGCCUUCAGCCUCGUCACCAACAAGGCUGUAUUGUCUCCUGUUCCCAGGGGAGACGAAGAUCUUCUUCAAGACAAGGCAGCAGGUGAGCUUACUGCCAUCCUGGAAGAGGGUAUGGCAGGCCACGAAGAAGUUCUCGAGGCUGGCCGGGCAGCGGCCCUGGAUAUGCAGAAAUUGGUUGUUCAAUCUCUGGUCAAUGUGUUUGGCAGAGCCUAG